CCACGCCCCCUGCCGAUCGCAGCCCGGUAUCACAGGCCGGCCGGCUCCUGCUCUGCCCUCCCACAGAUCUGGGCUUUAAAUCCCCGGCACCUUGUGUGAAGCGGCGGAUGAGAGGUAUGCUUCCGUGACUGCAGGCGGGCGGAGGACGGCAUCACACCGGCGGAUGAAAUGAAUGGGUCCGGAUUCAGUCCAGAUGCUGUGCGUUCACUACACGUAUCUCAUCCAGACUGAAAACUCGCUUGUGUGAAAGAGGCCUAAAGGGUCUAAAUACAGGAAGUUUGGCGUUUCGUCUGAGCCCCAGCCUUCAUACUCUUAUGUAUGGGACGUGGGUCCUUCCCCUCGGUUCCUGCAGGAGAUGGCGAGAGCCGAGACUUCGGGGACAGCGCUGUUCUGUCCAGAGGCCCCAUGGACUUGGUGUGUACAGAGUUCACAUGACUGGACGAGCGUAUAACCAAUGGUUGUCAUCUACUGGUACAACAUGGACCACUACAUCUCAUGUUGGACCACCGCCUGCUCUGUGGUUUGUCACUGUGCCGUCAUCACGUUCCACUGACAGGCUUGUUGUCAAAUCAUAUUCCAUUAGUGACCCUGACAGCAGAUCACUUACUAGUCCAGCACUGCCGCAAUAAUAUUGCACCCCGUAGUGAUGCCUUUAGCUGAAGAAAACCCUCUCUCAAGAGACCCUCCGCUGAUCCUUCCGGUGGUUGUCAUAGGCAAUGGACCAUCUGGAAUCUGCUUGUCAUACAUGUUGUCUGGAUACAGACCUUAUCUGUCCCCUGAAGCUCUACAUCCGAAUCCCAUUCUCCACAGCAAGUUAGAAGAAGCAAGGCACCUUUCUAUUCCUGAGCAGGAUUUGGAAUACUUGUCGGAAGGAUUGGAGGGUCGCUCAUCUAACCCUGUCGCUGUAUUGUUUGACACGCUCCUACAUCCGAAUGCUGAUUUUGGGUAUGACUACCCAUCUGUUCUGCAGUGGAAGUUGGAGCAAGAACACUAUAUUCCUCAUAUAGUACUAGGGAAGGGGCCCCCAGGUGGAGCCUGGCAUGAUAUGGAAGGCUCCAUUCUGACUCUCAGCCUUGGGGACUGGAUGGAGUUACCUGGGCUAAAGUUUAAAGACUGGGCCAUGGGUAAGAGAAGAAAUAUAAAGAGUGACCGGGCGACACCAGCAGAAGUGGCCUCCUAUUACAAACAUUAUGUGAAACUUAUGGGUAUUCAAAGAAAUUUUAUUGACAACACCUACAUCACUUCUGUGGUAAGACCUUACCGGGAAUCAAACGAUUCUGUGAGCCAUGAUUCAGAAGAUGUUCCAUGUGAAGAAACGCACAUUGAUAAAGAAAAUGAGGUUCUCAAGAAGAACUGGGAAAUUCAUGGCUAUCGGAGGGCGGCAGAUGGUGCCCAUCAGCCUUUCUUCCUAUUUGCGGAGAAUCUUGUUCUUGCCACAGGAACAUUUGAUGCCCCUGCUCGGCUGGAAGUCCAUGGAGAAAACCUUUCUUAUGUUUCGCAUUCAAUUGCCGAAUUUGAAGAAGCUGUAGGGAAAGGAAUGCUGAGUGACGUGGUAGAUCCAGUCUUAAUUGUGGGAGCUGGGCUGACGGCAGCUGACGCUGUCCUAUGUGCACACAACAAUAAUAUUCCAGUUAUUCAUGCUUUCCGUAGAAGACUCAAUGAUCCAAAUCUUAUUUUUAAACAAUUGCCCAAAAAACUGUAUCCAGAAUACCACAAAGUGUACCAUAUGAUGUGCACUCAAGUCUCUGCUGCUGCUUCCAACUUGUAUCCCUCUUAUACAAGUUACCCUGAGCACUUUGUACUUUCUUUGAAGCCAGACAUGAAGUGUGUCCUUCAGAGUACUAGUGGACCAAAGAAGGUUGUAAAGGUAUCAAUGGCUUUAGUCUUGAUCGGGUCUCAUCCAAACCUAUUUUUCUUAAAAGAACAAGGUCGGGGUUUAGGGAGCCACCACAAUCAGCCAAUCACUUGUAAAGGCAACCCUGUGGAAAUUGAUCCAUACACAUAUGAAUCUUGUAAAGAACCAAAUCUCUUUGCCCUGGGACCUCUAGUUGGCGACAACUUUAUUAGGUUUCUGAAAGGUGGCGCACUUGCCAUAACUCGAAGUCUAGAACUGAGGCAGAAGAAGACAAGACAUCGAAUUGUAGAAAGUGGCAGUGAGGAUGGGGUGUCUUAAAGUUCUACCUUUUUUUUAUAUCUUCUGGUGCCCUUACAGCUCCCUAAUCCCCUUCCAUGAUCUGCAAACUUGCAGAUGAUUCCAUCAGUAUGUGUUUUUGCACAGUGCAAUGUAUUUCAUAAUCUAUGGUAGGACUGAAAUAAAGUGCUGCUUUUGUAGAAGAUCCAGUCUACCUACUGUAGAGGACUAACCAGAUUUUACGGUGUCCUAUGUUUCUUUAGCUCUUGUGCAGCUGUUUAUUAACAUACUGUUUUUUUUUUUGUUUUUUUCAGCCUCUAAUUUCAUUCCUCAGUAUGUUGUAAAUCCUAUCUGUCAGAGUUCAGUGUUAUUGGGCUGUAGAUAAAUGGCAAUGUGGAAGUUGAAGCUUCCCACACGUUGUGUGAAAGUUUUGUGGCAUUCAAGAAUGCUAUCUGUUGUAUAUUUAAGGAAAUGUGAACAAACCCGUUAAACUUUUAGUUUAUUAACCUAACUGAUGUAGAAGUACAAUCUAUCCGUUUGGAGGAUGUAAGGGUAUUGAAGUGCUUUUAUUAAAAUGUCCCUUCUAAGCCUUUUAUAAUGUUACUGAAGUACUGGUAACUGUCCAGAUCUGCCUCUUCAUUGAAUGCGAGUCUUGUCAAAGGGUUUCUGUCAUCAGAAAAAUCGUUAUGUAUCUGGCUGACAUUAGCGAUGUGCUGAUGUCAGCAGUACAUAACAGUAUGCUUUAUAACUCCCUGG